UGACAAAUGGUCAAGGGACACGUUUCUCUUACAGUUUGUCGUUUUCCUUGUCUCCUCAUUGCCUCUCUUUCCUCUACAUCAAAGAUCCAAAACCCAGAGAAGAGAUAAAACCCUAGUUAAAUAGCUUCUAAUUUUUAGAAAUCUCACAGAAAACUUCUAUCUCGUCGCUUAAUCAUGGUCGUCCCUCUUAGUGCUAUCCCUCCAUCUCGCGAUGGGUUUUAUGCUAUCAACAACCAGUUUCUAGCAAACGGGCCAAAAGGGUUUCAGGAGUUGAAGACGUUGGAGAACGAUGACAUGUUUAUUCGGGUGGACUUCCCCGGCGUUCCAGAAGACGCCAUGAAGGUUGUGGUUGAUGAUACCAAGAAAGCUGUGACUGUCUUCGCCCUCGCACCAAAGGAGCACAAACACGACUCCUCUCCUCGGAACUACAUCUACACUACAGGUCUCGUCUGCAAAUGCUGCGAGAUUUCAGCCGUAGCAGCACACAUGUCCGAUGGUGUUCUCCGCCUUCUCCUCUCCAAGACUCAAAUCGCAACUCAACGCCCACCUUUUCUUGUUGUCCCAGAUUCCGAACAAGUUGUGGUCAAAGAUCACGCUUGGACUGGUUCUCACAAAGUUACUUAUGGCACGGAUCCACAUGAUCCGGUGUUGACGGGUCGGGUACUGCAGCCACACCCAUGGGUGAAGCAAGGAUCUUUGAUGGCUUAUGAGUCGAAGCAGCUCCAAAACGGAUGCCUCUACGUUCGUGUAGACAUGCCAGGCGUUCCCAAAGAGAGGUUCACAGUCUCCGUCAAGAGUGGGAUGGUGAUGGUGACUGGUGACGCUCCUGCCGUUAGUCACGACUCAGGUGGCCGGUUCUACUCUGGUGAAGUGGCUAUGCUCUCCAAUCCUAUUGACAUUCCUAUUCGUCAGAUCAAAAUAAUCAGCAAGAAUGGUAUCAUCCGUUUAAUCAUCCCACCCGCUUGAUUUUGGUCAUGUUGUUUGUGGGCCCCUUCUUUUAGGAUGAUGUCGUUUAAUGAGUUAGACCAUAAGGAAUCUUUGGAUACGUUGCGGUAAAACAGACAAGAUCUUGGGUCAGAUCAAAUCAAGAAAGUUUAGUGUGCUGUUUCAAGUUCA